UUUUCUAAGGAACCCUAACGAUCUACCGCAAAAAUGGCAAACAUUUAAAACUUUCAAAACAUUGUUCGGAUUCAUAUAUGCAAGAUUGUGGUUAAGUUAAAUAAUUAAUUUAUCUUGCCUAUUGUUAUUGUUGCGUAAGAUAUUGUUAUUAGGGCAUCAUUUAUUUUCAGUCAACAAGAUAGAAGAUAUGACUCGACCUCUAACCUUGAUGCGGGAUAUCAAUUUGUGAAACAAUACUAAUGAAAUCGACAUUCUGAUUUCUGUGGUCAGUCUAGAACUGGAAUAGGUCUUUAACCAUGUGCAUUUUAAGAUUUUUUACUCGUGAGGCAUUUAGUGCGCACAGGACUAAUGAAAUUCUGGCUAAGUUGAAACUUGUUGAUUCUGAUGUGCAAGGGUUGUCAACAGAAGUAUGCUACCAUGUGGAGCUUGCUAAAGGUUGUGACUAUCUUAACAUUAACCAGAUAAAGAUAUUAAAGUGGCUCCUUAGCUCACCACUACAGCCUCAUGCUUUGAGGAAUGAAUCUAUGUACAAAUUUAUAAGUGAUGAUCAGAUCAUAAUAGAGAUUGGUCCUAGAUUCAAUUUCUCAACAGCAGAUUCAAGUAAUUCAGUCCAAAUCUGUGAAAGUGUUGGACUUCGCGAUGUGGUACGCCUUGAAGUCUCCACAAGGUACCUCAUCACAUUUAACCAAGCUAAGAGUGUUAGCAAAAAGAUGUUCGAUGACCUGGCUGCACCAUUGCAUGAUAGGAUGACACAGUGUAUCUAUACCACUGAGAAUCUGCCACGAAAGAGCUUCAAUGAGGGCUUACCUAAAGAUUUGGAACCCUGGUUUGUAGUACCAUUACUAAAAGAAGGCAUGGCAGCUAUGGAAAGAGUCAAUAAUAAAUUAGGUUUGGCUUUUGACACCUGGGAUAUGCAGUUUUAUAUGGAUUUGUUUGUGAAUAAGCUAAAAAGAGAUCCAACAAGUGUAGAACUAUUUGAUCUUGCUCAAAGUAAUAGUGAACAUUCAAGACACUGGUUCUUCAAGGGUAAAAUAAUUUUAGAUGGCAAAGAAAUAGAUGAAUCAUUGAUUGAUAUGGUUGCUUCAACUCAGAAGACUUCUAAUGAUAACAAUGUUAUAAAAUUUGGAGACAACAGUAGUGCAAUAAAAGGUUUUGAACACACAAAGAUCAGGCCUAGUGAUGUGAAAGUACCAUCUCCAAUGAUUCAAGAAAUUACCAAAUCAGAUAUAAUAUUUACGGCUGAGACUCACAACAUGCCAACCGCGGUAGCUCCAUUCAGCGGAGCCACCACUGGGACUGGUGGGCGUAUAAGAGACGUACAGGGUGUCGGCAGAGGUGGUCAUACAGUUGCUGGCACUGCUGGCUAUAGUGUCGGCAACCUAUUAAUUCCAGGAUAUGAUUUGCCUUGGGAAGACAAGAGUUGGAAAUAUCCGAAUAAUUUUGCAAGUCCUCUUCAGAUUAUAAUUGAUGCAAGUAAUGGUGCUUCGGAUUAUGGUAACAAAUUUGGGGAGCCACUUAUUUCAGGAUUUGUACAGUCUUACGGUUUAAAGAACGGUGAUGAUAUAAGAGAGGAGUUUGUCAAACCUAUUAUGUUCAGCGGAGGAAUUGGGUACAUGCCUCAUUCUAUGAUCAAAAAGAAUAAGCCAAGUAAAGGAAUGUUGCUAGUGAAGAUAGGCGGGCCUGUGUAUCGCAUCGGGGUGGGCGGCGGAGCGGCGUCCUCGGUCGCGGUGCAAGGCGGUGAUUCAAGAGACCACGCUCUGGACUUCGGAGCCGUACAGAGAGGUGACGCGGAAAUGGGCAACCGUCUUAACAGAGCCGUCAGAGGAUGCCUCGAAGCUGAUGUUAAUCCCAUUGAAUCAAUUCACGACCAAGGCGCUGGCGGGAAUGGUAACGUGCUAAAGGAGCUGGUGGAACCCGAGGGCGCCGUGGUCUUCACGCAGGAGUUCCAGCUGGGGGAUCCCACUAUCACCACACUGGAGCUGUGGGGUGCUGAGUACCAGGAGAAUGACGCGCUACUCUGUUCUAAGGAAAACAGGAGUAUACUCGAAGAAAUAUGUCGCCGCGAACGUUGCCUUGUAUCAUUCGUGGGCGAAGUAACUGGCGACGGAUACAUGAGUCUCAUAGAAGACAGUUACAAGGAGACUUAUCUAGACAGAGCUGAUAGACUGAAACCCGAGAUAAAGUCCAAAUUGCCCUAUGAUCUACAUUUAGAAGCUGUUCUAGGGAACAUGCCGCGCAAGACUUUCGAUUUGAAGCAAGAUAAGCGUACCAAGCUGCCGCUAGCCUUGCCUGGUGACGUUACUGUAGAAAAAGCACUGGACCGAGUCUUGAGAUUGGUCAAUGUUGCUAGCAAGCGGUAUUUGACAAACAAGGUAGACCGUUGCGUCACAGGCCUGGUCGCCCAGCAGCAAUGCGUGGGGCCACUUCACACCCCACUCGCCGACUUCGCCAUCAUAGCGCUGUCGUACCACGAGCUAGUCGGCUCCGCCACGUCUAUCGGCGCGCAGAACAUCAAGGGUCUGUUGGACCCCGCCGCGGGGGCAAGAUUGUCCCUUGGUGAAGCUCUCACUAAUCUGGUAUUCGCGGGAAUAUCAGAGCUAGAGGACGUGAAAUGCUCCGGGAAUUGGAUGUGGCCGGGAAAGACGGGGGCGGAGGGAGCUUCGCUAGUCGUGGCGUGCGACGCGCUGUGCGCCGCUAUGAGGGAACUGGGCGUGGCCAUCGAUGGCGGGAAAGACUCGCUCUCUAUGUGCGCCAGUGUAGAAGGAAAACCUGUACGGUCACCGGGGACGUUAGUGGUGUCCACGUACGCGCCGUGUCCUGAUAUUACUGUCAAGGUGGAGCCCGCACUUCUCGUAGAAGGUGCCGCGCUAAUACAUGUGCCGGCCACACCGGGAAAAUAUAGACUUGGAGGAUCAGCCCUAGCACAAUGCUACAAACAGUUGGGAAAUAACCCACCAGAUCUAGACAACCCGAAAGUGUUGAAAUCUUUGUUCAAGGUCACACAGAAACUGUUAAAAGAGAAAAAAUUGCUCUCAGGCCACGACAUAAGCGAGGGUGGGUUUGUAACAACCGUUUUAGAAAUGGGUAUCGGCGGUGUACGCGGUUUAGAAUUAGACUUGCGAGUUGAAAAUAACGUAUCCGCAAUAGAGGCACUGUUUAACGAAGAACUGGGCAUCAUUAUAGAAGUGGCACAAAGCGAUUUAGAUUAUGUCCUGAACGAGUAUAAUAAACAGAGUGUGAAGGCUAAACUUGUUGGUAGAAGUGGAAAAUAUGGCAUGGAAUCUCAGGUGGUUGUAAAAGUAAAUGGAGAAUUGGUGUUUAACACGAAGUUGAUAAACGUAUUCAAAACAUGGGAAGAAACCAGCUAUCAAUUGGAAUGUCUGCAGGCCAACUCUGAUUGUAUCAGGCAAGAGUGGGACGGUCUCAGCAAUCGGAAAGGGGCGACAUACAGCGUCACAUUCGAUCCAUCAGCGGCUGUUGUGAAAACAAAAUCUAUUAGAGUAGCUGUGCUUCGGGAAGAAGGUAUAAACGGUGACCGUGAGAUGAUUGCUUCUCUAAUGAUGGCGAACUUUGAAGUGUUUGACGUCACCAUGAGUGACUUGCAAGCCAAGAAAAUCACACUUGAUGCCUUCCAGGGAUUGGUUUUCCCAGGCGGUUUCAGUUAUGCAGACACCUUAGGCUCAGCUAAAGGCUGGGCUGCCGGAAUUCUGUUCUCGGAAUCCCUAAGCUCACAGUUCGCUAGCUUCAAGAGCAGAAGCGACACUUUCUCCCUUGGCGUGUGUAACGGCUGCCAGCUGAUGGCACUCCUGGGCUGGGUCGAUGCGGAAGACACGAGACAAGUGCUGAAGACUCAGAUAUUCCUCGACCAUAAUCUGUCUGAAAGAUUUGAAUGCUGCUGGUCGGCUGUGAAGAUCAACGAACGAACUACCGGUGAAGACGUUUGGUUCCGCGGUAUGGGCGGCAGUGUGCUCGGGGUGUGGGUGGCGCACGGGGAGGGCAGGUUCACAGUGUCCGAGCCACACGUGCUGAGCAAGCUGCGCACAAACGGACAGGUCGCGAUGCAGUAUGUUGAUGAUGACGGAGCGCCUACAGAGAUUUAUCCCAUGAACCCCAAUGGAAGCCCAGACGGGCUUGCCGGGGUGCGAUCGAGGGACGGGCGGCACAUCGCCAUGAUGCCGCACCCCGAGCGCUGCGUGCUGCGCUGGCAGUGCGCCGCGCCCGCGCCCCUGCCGCCGCUCAGCGUCACACCCGCCAGCCACGCCGCUCCUUGGAUGAGGCUCUUCCAAAAUGCAUAUGUCUGGGCAUCCAAUCAAUAACUAUAUUGCCAGUAAAUGGCAAAAACACACCUGUAACGCGCUGCCCAUGACGUUUUGUAGAUCUCAGCGACAGAGACAGCGCUCUACGAAACCGUUGUCUCUUUCUUAAGUGAAUCAAUUUUUCACGAAAUUAUAAGUAAUAUGUCCAAACUCUCGCUCUUAUUUGCUCGCCAAAAUGAGAUAAUGAUAAGUAUAAAUAUAUUUGUUUCAAAUAGUCUACUUUUACCAAUAACUUCGUGAAUUUUUCCACACAACUACACAUAAUAGGACAAUUCCCUUCCUUGUCUAUUGUGCAAUACAAUUUGUGAAACAUCACAAUUAAUUUAGACACCUACUGUUCAUUGGAGUGGAAUGGGCAUAGAAAAAGUUCCUUUACUAAUGAAGAAAAAUCUUACAAUCUGCCUUAGAAAGGCAGUUCGCACAUUGGCUGCAAUCGCCUGAGCAUCUAGCCUCUAGCAGCUGUAGUGUGUAUAAGAAGCCCUAAUUUUUUUUACAAGUGCUAAAAAAUGCUCAAACACUUUCAUUCAGAUGCCUGAGCCACCCCAGAGCAUCUCCAUGAAAGUCUAAGCUAAGGAAGAAGAAUAUUUUUUAUCAUAGCAUAUUCUUUUUGUUAAACAUUCCAGCUAUUAUUACGCAUUUUUCUCGAAUUAUUAUGCAAUCUCACUAAAAGCACAAACAUAAAAGCUGUGUUAUUUUUAGAUUUGUAUUUGAGUACAGAUUUUUUAAAAUAAAGUUUAAGAAAGCAUGCAUUUAUGUUUAUUGAAAUAUUAUAUAAAUGAAGUAUACAACAAAGUAGAUAAUAAAAAAUUUACAUAUAUUUUUUUAAAUAUUGUACAACAUUAACUGAUGUGCCUUAAUAUACAUUUUUAUAAUAAUUGUUUUUAAAAACCUUUUUAAGACAAUUCAAAGUUUCAAAUAAAUUAUGUUAUGUUUAUAAAAACCGUAUUUUUAUUACAUAACUGGACCAAUAAUAAGUUUGGAUGGCAAUUAUUAUAAUCAAUCAUUUCUAUAUGAUUAUUAUUAUCGGUAUAGCGCAUAACUGAGGAGACUCCUGCAGGUAGAUAGCGUAUAACUGAGGAGGCUUAUUACCUCAGGAACCUUCUCAGUUAAGGCCGGC